AAUAACAAAAUUUGUUUGAACGAAUUUGAUCGAACCAUUUGCAAAGUUAUCGGCGAUAAAGUAAUGUAAUGUAGGUAGUAUACAAAUACAUUAAAACAAUUGCGUAAGCUAUAAGUUUGUUGAUUUAUUAUUUGUGAAUGUCGUGGUAUUAAUCAACUGAUAUAACGUGAUCUUUGACAUUGAUGCAAGAGAUUAUUGUCACACUUAUCAUAAUUUAAACUCCCGCUAAUAAUUCAGUAUAAAUUUGUUCACAGAAAGUGUAAGUUGAAGAAUCAUGUGUAUUAUACGAUUUUAUCUAGGCGAGGCGUUUAGUGCACAUAAAACAAAUGAAAUAUUACAAAAAUUAAAACUUGUGGACUCCGAUGUUUUGGCUUUAUCGACAGAACUGUGUUACCACGUGGAAGUUGAGGAGGGCAAUUUAAAUAUUAAUCAAAUUAAAGUUUUGAAAUGGCUUUUAAGUUCUCCUUUACAUCCGUACGCUUUGAGAAACGAAUCAUCUUACAAAUGCUUACAAAAUAACCAGUUAAUUAUUGAAAUAGGACCCAGAUUUAACUUUUCAACCGCUGAUUCAAGUAACUCUGUUCAAAUUUGUGAGAGUGUUGGUUUGAGAGAUGUUGUCCGUCUGGAGUAUUCCACUAGAUACCUCAUCACCUUUAAACAAGCAAAGGAUGUCUCAAAGGAGUUGUUUGAAGAAUUGGCUGCACCAUUACAUGAUAGGAUGACACAAUGUAUAUAUACAAAGGAAAAUCUUCCUCGGAACAGCUUUAACGAAGCUUUACCUAAAGAUUUGGAACCUUGGUAUGUUGUGCCUUUACAAAAAGAGGGUAUGGCUGCAAUGAAAGCUGUUAAUCAAAAAUUAGGUUUGGCUUUUGAUGAGUGGGAUAUGGAGUUCUACAUGAAUUUAUUUGUAAAUCAGUUACAACGAGAUCCGACCAGUGUUGAGUUAUUUGACCUUGCUCAGAGCAAUAGUGAACAUUCAAGACAUUGGUUUUUCAAGGGCAAAAUCAUUUUAAAUGGGAAAGAAAUAGACGAGUCACUUAUAGAUAUGGUGGCAUCUACACAAAAGACAUCAAAUAACAACAAUGUUAUUAAAUUCGGUGAUAACAGCAGUGCAAUCAAAGGUUUUGAACAUACAAAACUCAGGCCGAUUGAUGUAAGAGGGCCUUCUGAAAUAGUUCAAGAGACCACUGAGUCUGAUAUAAUAUUUACUGCGGAGACACACAAUAUGCCCACAGCGGUCGCUCCAUUCAGUGGAGCUACAACCGGUACUGGAGGAAGGAUCAGGGAUGUGCAGGGAGUGGGUAGAGGCGGACAUACAGUGGCCGGUACAGCUGGUUAUAGCGUUGGGAAUCUUCUUAUUCCAGGUUAUGAUUUACCUUGGGAAGACAAAAGCUGGAAAUAUCCAAAUAACUUUGCGAGUCCUUUGCAAAUUAUAAUCGACGCUAGUAAUGGUGCUUCAGAUUAUGGCAAUAAAUUUGGAGAACCAGUUGUAUCAGGAUUCGUCCAAUCAUACGGAUUGAAAAACGGCGAUGAUGUAAGAGAAGAGUUUGUGAAGCCCAUAAUGUUUAGCGGAGGAAUAGGAUACAUGCCACAUAGUAUGAUUAAAAAGAACAAACCUGAAAAAGGAAUGCUACUAGUGAAGGUGGGAGGUCCGGUGUACAGGAUCGGUGUGGGAGGGGGCGCGGCUUCCUCAGUGGCGGUGCAGGGCGGGGACUCCAGAGACCACGCCCUCGACUUCGGGGCGGUACAAAGAGGCGAUGCUGAAAUGGGAAAUCGUCUGAACAGGGUUGUAAGAGGUUGUCUAGAAAGUGAAAUAAACCCAGUUGAAUCAAUCCAUGACCAAGGCGCUGGUGGUAACGGCAACGUAUUAAAAGAACUAGUGGAGCCCGAGGGCGCGGUGGUGUUUACCAAGGAGUUCCAGCUCGGAGACCCCACCAUCACCACACUGGAGCUCUGGGGCGCCGAGUACCAGGAGAACGAUGCUCUACUCUGCACUAAGGAGAACCGACCUAUCCUUGAAGAUAUUUGUAGAAGAGAAAGAUGUCCAGUCUCGUUUGUUGGUGAAGUAACAGGCGAUGGUUACAUGAGUCUUGUUGAAGAUUCAUACAAAGAGGUCCACAUUCCCCGAGAGAAUAGACUAAAGCCUGAAAUACAAUCCAAGCUACCUUAUGACUUGCAUUUAGAUGCCGUAUUAGGUAACAUGCCACGUAAGGUAUUUGACUUUAAGCAAGAUAAAACGACUAAGCUGCCAUUGUCUUUGCCCAAUGACAUAACAGUAGAAGCUGCUUUAAACAGAGUUUUGCGACUCGUCAAUGUUGCCAGCAAGAGAUAUUUGACUAAUAAGGUGGACAGAUGUGUGACAGGUCUGGUGGCGCAGCAGCAGUGCGUGGGGCCGCUGCACACGCCGCUGGCGGACUGCGCAGUCAUCGCCCUCUCGCACUUUGACCUCGUGGGCUCCGCCACAUCCAUCGGCACACAGAAUGUUAAGGGUCUUUUAGACCCCGCGGCCGGCGCACGUCUGUCUCUAGGUGAAGCUUUGACUAAUCUGGUGUUUGCUGGUAUAUCAGCGUUGGAAGACGUGAAGUGCUCCGGCAACUGGAUGUGGGCUGGUAAGACAGGUGCGCAGGGCGCCGCGCUGGUGGUGGCAUGCCGAGCACUCUGCACCGCCAUGGCCGACAUCGGAGUCGCCAUCGACGGCGGCAAAGACUCCCUCUCCAUGUGCGCUAAUGUUGCCGGACAAACUGUUCGUUCCCCGGGCACUCUGGUCGUGUCGACGUACGCGCCGUGUCCGGACAUAACUGUCAAAAUAGAGCCAGCGCUGUUGCAAGAAGGUUCCGCUCUCAUACAUGUUCCAGUGACGCCCGGCAAAUAUAGAAUCGGUGGUUCAUCUUUAGCGCAGUGUUACAAGCAAUUAGGCGACAAUCCUCCAGACUUAGACGACCCCGCAACUCUUAAAGCAUUGUUCAAAACCACCCAGAAAUUACUCAAAGAAAAGAAACUUCUAUCUGGCCAUGAUAUAAGCGAAGGAGGUUUUAUAACAACAGUUUUGGAGAUGGGCAUUGGUGGAAUUCGGGGCUUAAACAUCGAUCUGUUAGUGGAAAAGGGUGUUUCAGUGAUUGACUCGUUGUUUAAUGAGGAACUCGGCAUUGUUGUGGAAGUUGCACAAAAUGACGUUGAUUAUGUACUCAAUGAGUAUAAGAAGAAUGGUGUUAUAGCUAAAGUUGUUGGUACUACUGGAAAAUAUGGGAUGCAGUCAGAGGUUGUAGUGAAAGUGAAUGGAGAUUGCGUAUUGAAUACAACUUUAGUGAAAGUGUACCGCAUGUGGGAGGAGACCAGCUACCAGCUGGAGUGUCUGCAGGCAAACUCCGACUGUGUUACACAGGAAUGGCUGGGUCUGGAAAAACGUAAAGGCAUAAAAUAUAAUGUGACAUUCGACCCAGCUGCAGCGGUUGUUAAGUCAAACUCGGUCAAAGUUGCUGUCAUAAGAGAGGAAGGUACGAAUGGUGAUAGAGAAAUGAUUGCGUCUCUGAUGAUGGCCAACUUCGAGGUAUUUGAUGUGACAAUGAGCGACUUGCAGGCGAAGAAGAUCACUCUGGAUGCUUUCAAAGGAUUGGUCUUUCCUGGUGGCUUCAGUUAUGCAGACACCCUUGGGUCUGCCAAAGGUUGGGCAGCAGGCAUACUAUUCUCUGAGAACUUGCACGCUCAGUUCGCGCACUUCAAGAACAGAGAGGACACGUUCUCUUUGGGCGUCUGCAAUGGCUGCCAGCUCAUGGCCAUGCUGGGCUGGGUCGAUGUUGAUGAUUCCAAAAACUUUGCCAACAAGACACAGAUAUUCCUCGACCACAAUCUCUCUGAAAGGUUCGAAUGCCGUUGGAGCGCUGUAAAAAUAACAGAGCGCGCUGAUGAUGUGUGGUUCCGCGGCAUGGGUGGCAGCGUGGUGGGCGUGUGGGUGGCGCACGGGGAGGGGCGCUUCGCCCUAGCCGAGCCGAGCCUGCUGCAACGCCUCAAGGACAACGGACAGCUCGCCAUGCAGUACGUGGACGACGACGGAGCACCCACUGAGGCUUACCCAAUGAAUCCCAAUGGAAGUCCCGAGGGAAUAGCGGGCGUGCGGUCCCGCGACGGACGGCACGUGGCCAUGAUGCCGCACCCCGAGCGCUGUGUGCUGCGCUGGCAGUGCCCGGCCCCGCCUCCAGCCGCUAACACACAAGCCUCGCCCUGGCUCAGGCUUUUCCAGAACGCCUACAUCUGGGCGGCUAACAAAGCUUAGGGAAAAUCAACCUUCUGUUGUAUGCAAUAAAGUUCAAAUUUUAUUUACUUGAUGUUGGGAAAAUCUUGCCAUAUUACAAAAAUUCUU